AUGAAUGAUGAAUACAAUCUCAUGAUUGACCUGCAGGUUGAUGGAAUAUUAUGUUUGGCUGACAUUCUUACAGAUGGAAUACAUUCCCAAGCUACCCAUGCUGAAGCAGCUGCAGUGAUAGCUCAAAUCACAUCCCCUCAGCUCACUUUCACUCAGCAUCUCAACAGCUUUCUGGAGAACAUGGAAGAAAUUGUCACCGCGCUUCUCAAACUGUGCCAAGAGGCUGCCUCUGGGGAAGUUUUCCUAUUGGCUUCAGCUGCACUUGCCAAUAUUACAUUUUUGGACUCAAAGGCCUGUGAGAUGUUGCUUCAACUGGAUGCGAUAAAGAUUCUUAUUGCAGCUUGUUCUGACAAACAGAAAGUGGAUAGUCCCUAUUCUCGAGAUCAGGUUGUAACAGUAUUAGCAAACCUGUCUGUGCUGGACCAGUGUCCUUCAGAAAUAAUCCAACACAAUGGUAUUCAAAUUUUAAUGGAAAUGCUGUCUGAAAAAUCACCAUUUGGGAAUUCACCCGAAACGGCUGCUUGUGAACAAGUUCAACAAAAAGCUGCAGUGACACUUGCCCGGCUUAGCCGUGAUCCUGAAGUAGCUAAUUCAGCCAUAAAACUCAACUGUACGUAUUUAAGUGAUUUGAUACAUCAAAGAGACAUUAUUUACCCCUUGUUGGCUAAAUGCUACUUUUCUCCAUUGCAUGUCAACUAAGAACCAGUCCACUUUCCAGUGAUGAUCAUUCGUUUUUAAAAAGAUUUCUGUUUUAUGAAUCAACCGAUGAUUGCCCCAACUGGCAGCUUAAUAAUAUAUCCUUGAUUUAUGACUGUAAUGGAGCUUGCCCAUUAUGGUUGUAAGUUGUAAGAGUAAUAAAGUGGUCCUGUGACCAACCCAAUUUUACAACCUUUUUUGUGAUGGUCAUUAAGUGAACAAAUUGUUUGCUAUGAACUGAUUUUGUAGAAAAUGAAUCCCAUUUAUUUA